CAAAGCAGAAGACUCUACUGACAAGGUCGAAAACCACUGUUGUCUUCAGCCAAUGGCCUAGACAUCCGCGUUGUUUUUGUUCAACGCCAAGGGAAGGCGAAUCACGCAUUCAGAACAAGAACUCAUCAAACAGCAAUGUCGUUAUCCUGCGCCUCUUGUGAAUGCCAUCAGCCCUCAGUACGGCCGACCACCAAUCCAUCUUCUUGCACAAUGUUGACGGCAAGCAAGCCAGCCCCAGAACCCGUUGAAGUGUCAGUCACUAAAGGAUCCUCUGUUGAAAAACCAACAGAAGAACCUGAAUUCCGAGAGGAAGAUGAGCCACUCCUCAGAGAGAACCCGAACCGAUUUGUCGUUUUUCCCAUUCAGUACCACGACAUCUGGCAGUUCUACAAGAAGGCCGAAGCAUCAUUCUGGACCGCCGAGGAAGUCGAUCUCUCAAAGGAUCUAGGGGAUUGGAACAAGCUGAAGGAUGACGAGAGGUAUUUUCUCUCCCACGUACUGGCCUUCUUUGCCGCCAGCGAUGGCAUCGUCAACGAGAAUCUGGUCGAGCGCUUCAGCAAGGAAGUACAAGUCACUGAGGCAAGAUGCUUCUACGGAUUUCAGAUCGCAAUCGAGAACAUCCACUCGGAAAUGUACAGUCUGCUCAUCGACACCUACGUCACUGAUGCCAAAGAGAAGCACCAUCUCUUCAAUGCCAUUGAGACCAUGCCGUGUGUGAAGAAGAAGGCCGACUGGGCACUGAAGUGGAUCAACAGCCAGGAAGCAUCGUUCGGCGAGCGUGUCAUUGCGUUUGCUGCAGUGGAAGGCAUCUUCUUCUCAGGAUCAUUUGCCGCCAUCUUCUGGAUGAAGAAGAGGGGACUCAUGCCCGGUCUCACAUUCUCCAACGAGCUGAUCAGCAGGGACGAGGGUCUCCACUGUGACUUCGCUUGUCUCAUGUACAAGCAUCUUGUGCGCAAGCCGUCUCCAGCGCGCAUCACCCAGAUUGUUACCGAGGCCGUCACGAUCGAGCAAGAAUUCCUGUGCGAUUCCUUACCAUGUCGGUUGAUCGGUAUGAACAGUGACCUCAUGAGCCAGUACAUCGAGUUUGUUGCAGACCGUCUCCUUGUGGCACUCGACCAGCCCAAGAUUUGGAAGAAGGAGAAUCCUUUCGACUUCAUGGAGAACAUCUCUCUUGAGGGCAAGACAAAUUUCUUUGAGAAGCGUGUCGGUGAGUACCAGAAAGCUGGUGUCAUGUCGAAUGAUAAGGACUCGCAUGUGUUCACCCUUGACGAAGAUUUCUAAAUACCGACUCAUCCAACGUGUAAGAAACCCACCAUUUGCUUUUUCUUUGCGCUGCCUGGUCCAAUCUGCUUAUUUAUGUAUCGUAGCUAGAGUAGUCAGCUGAGCUUUGUCUUUUUGACGUUAGGAGCUGUACACAUCGCUUUCCACCACUACUGCGUGGUGCUGGUUGUAGCUAUAUUAUAUUUUACCUUAUUGUUGAAGUCCUGCUGUUGUCCAUAGUUCUUUUUAUCUGUACAUCUUCUGGCUUGCUGCCGUAUUGAAUCAAAUAAGCUGUGAAUAGUGCCCGUAACGCCUGAUUUAAACCUAAUAUUACCACUUGGCUGUGUGAACGGAUCACUCAGCAGCCACCCUCUACAUAUUCAUGAAAUUCGCCCCAUAAUAUUUGUACGUUGCCAUAAAACUUAUUUUCUCAUGAAAAGAUCUAUCUGAGCUUGGCACGUGUCAUCUCCUUCUUCUUUUUCACGCGUGCAUAUUGCCCCACCUCCACUACAGGCCUAUCACUGGCAGAUGCACUUUCUUCAAAACAGUGCCACCUUCCUUGUGCUUGUCAGAACCGAUGAUCAUCAAUCAUGUAGUAAUCGCUUUCUUCUAGAGUGACAGGCUUUUCUGGCAUUACAUGUACAUUCUAGUACUCAUGUCUAACUUUUUGUAUUGUCUAGUGAUAUUGUGCCGUGUGCAAUAAAGUCGCACUUCCAACGUGA